AUGGAGAGAGUUCACACUUAUCAGAGGAUGGUCGGCUGUGAGCUGGAUGAUGACGGCACCACUAGAGGAUACAGUCAGGAAGGUUAUGAUGGAGAAGAUUUCCUCAGUUUUGAUCUGAAAACUCUCACCUGGAUCGCUCCGACACCUCAAGCUCUGCUCACCAAACGCAAGUGGGAGUUUGACACUGAUUAUAAUAAUGAGUUGAAGAACUACCUGGAGAACGCCUGUAUCGAGUGGUUAAAGAAGUACAUGCCUUCCAGCAGAGAGACUCUGGAGAGGAAAGUUCGUCCCGAGGCGUCAGUGUUCCACAAACACUCUCCUUCUCCAGAGGUGGUGUGUCACGCUACAGGUUUCUUCCCCAAAGCAGUGAUGAUCACCUGGCAGAAGGACGGAGAGGACCUGAUUGAGGACGUGGAGCUCACAGAGACGUUACCCAACCAGGAUGGAAGCUUCCAGAAGAGGAGCAUUCUGAAAGUCCCAGCUGAGGAGCUGCAGAAACACAAAUACACCUGCGUGGUUCAGCACAGCAGCUUGGGGGAGGAGAAGAUCGUCCUAGAAGUACCGAAAGUUGGAGGAUGGACUGCUAUCAUCAUUGGUGUCCUUGUGGCUCUCGUUGUUGUCGCUGCUGUUGUCUUCUGGAAGAAGAGAACUCUGGUGAGAGGAGGAAGGAGGCAGAUGUGA